UACCUCUGGUUCUGGCACCAUUUUUCUGUAUGGACAAAGAUGAUGUUGGAAUCAGCAAUGUCAUCAGCACCAUCUUCUUCGUCUCUGGACUGUGUACAUUACUGCAGACGACCAUUGGCUGUAGGUUGCCUAUUGUCCAGGGAGCGACGUUUACUUUCCUGACGCCAACGAUCGCCAUUAUGUCACUACCAGAAUGGUGCUGUCCGUUCACGGAUAAGAACAAUUGCAGCUUAUCCGAAGCAGAGAUACCGACAGUGGGAAGCGAUGAGCAUCGUGCAAUGUGGCAGGAAAGGAUUGCAGAGAUCCAGGGAGCCAUUCUGGUGUCAGCGUUGUUCCAAGUAGUCAUCGGCUUCAGCGGUCUCAUGGGAUUUAUUCUGCGGUUCAUCGGACCUCUCGCCAUAGUUCCAACGAUCACUCUGAUUGGUCUAUCAUUGUUCGGAGCUGCAGCCGCUCAGGCGGCAAACAUGUGGUGGAUAGCCGUCUUGACAAUGUUUCUAAUUGCGCUGUUUUCACAGUACCUUCGGGACGUCUCGAUCCCUUUUCCUGUCUACAGAAGGGGCUCAGGCUGCGGUGUAUACUUUGUGCCUAUCUUCCGGUUAUUUCCUGUGCUGCUGGGCAUGUGCUUAGCUUGGCUGAUCUGUUACAUCCUGACCGUGUCAGGAGCCUUGACCUCUGACCCUGAAGGCUGGGGGUACCAAGCCAGGACCGACUCGCGGAUUGCCGUACUUAACAGCGCCCCCUGGUUCCGAUUCCCAUAUCCAGGACAAUGGGGCACCCCUACUGUAAGCGUAGCCGGUGUGUUCGGUAUGUUGGCUGGAGUCUUGGCCUCCAUGGUAGAGUCAGUUGGAGAUUACUACGCCUGCGCCAGGUUAAGCGGAGCUCCUCCGCCCCCUGAUCACGCAGUGAACAGAGGUAUAGGUAUGGAGGGUAUAGGGUGCAUCUUGGCCGGUGCUUGGGGCUCCGGAAACGGGACUACUUCUUACAGCGAGAAUAUAGGAGCAAUCGGGAUUACAAAGGUUGGAAGUCGUCGCGUAGUGCAGGUGGGAGGGCUCAUCAUGAUCAUUCUCGGGUGUUUGGGGAAGUUUGGAGCUCUGUUUGUCACGAUUCCUAGUCCGGUCAUUGGAGGCAUGUUUAUGGUCACAUUUGGCAUGGUGGCAGCCGUGGGAUUAUCAACGCUUCAGUUCGUAGAUUUGAACUCGUCACGAAAUCUUUUUAUUCUUGGAUUUUCAAUAUUUUUUGGUUUAAGUUUACCAAAUUGGAUGGGGAACAAUCCGGGAGCUAUUAAAACUGGAAGCAUCAUUGCGGAUCAGAUCCUGACUGUGUUGUGUAGUACCAGCAUGUUCGUGGGCGGCUUUUUCGGCUUUCUACUGGACAACACUGUACCUGGCACAGCCGAAGAACGAGGAAUCUUACGAUGGCGCAAAUUGUUAAUUACCACACAUGCGGCCUCUCAUGCCACAUUCGCGGAAGACACGACAUAUGAUCUCCCCUUAGUGCAAAGAUUUCUCAACAGGUGGAGCUGGCCAACUUACCUUCCGUUCUGCCCCAGUUUUAAAGGAUUUGCCGAAUGUUGCGGAUGUGGAAAUAAGCUGACUCCUCCUGAACACGUGCAGUCCCGAGAAAACGUUGGAUAUGUGAAAGAUGCUGAGGAGAGUAGCAAUUACGUCAUUACGACGUCUUUGUAACACCUGUGUACACUCACAGCUGUUAUAAGCGUAAAUUACAGACUAAUUAACGAUGUAUUCGCGUUUGUUUGUGAUU